AUGGUGUACUUAAGUGCUGAUAGUAUCGAUCCUCAGGACAGCGAAUCAUUAAACAACCCUGUUUUCAGUUCAGACUUCUUAAAUAGUAUAAAGCUCUCAGGAUUGCCAAAUCACAGUCUUCGUCUUAAGAUUGGUGCUCCUGUAAUGUUACUGAGAAAUAUAGAUCCUAAAGGUGGUUUAUGCAACGGUACACGAUUGCAGAUUACUCAGAUGGGGAUUAAUGUCCUAGAAGCUUGUGUUAUUACCGGUGAAAGAGUUGGAGAUAAAGUGUUAAUUCCAAAGGUUUUAAUUAAACCGACUGAUACUAAACUUCCUUUCCGGAUGAGAAGAAGACAAUUUCCAUUGUCUGUAGCUUUUGCGAUGACUAUAAACAAGAGUCAAGGACAAUCACUCGAAGAAGUUGGUCUUUUUCUACCUCGACCAGUGUUUUCUCAUGGCCAGUUAUAUGUGGCCCUUUCUAGGGUCACAUCGAAGAAGGGUUUGAAAGUGCUUAUCUUAGAUAAAGAUGGAGGGACAACAAAGCAAACGAUGAAUGUUGUGUUCAAGGAAAUUUUUCAAAAUCUAUGGAAGUAA